AGGAAACGAGCACACGGAGCCUCGCCCCCACCCUCCCUGUUUGCGCAUCUUCCGCCCUAGCUCCGCUACUUCCGAGCCUGCUCGGCUGUUUCCGACCAACCUCGCGUAGCUCGCUGGGUCACGCCGCUUUCACCUCUUUGCCGCCAACGCAUUCAGGACUCCAUAGAGUCGCCACGUCGCACGGUCGCUGCAUCCUUCUGGUUCCUGAGUCGCCAUGCUCCAAGACGACCCGGAGACGCCGCCGCCUCAGUCUGCGCUGAUGCAACUCGCAGCCGCCGCCGCCGCCGCUUGUCCGGCGCCCAGCAUGGCCCCGCAGCAAACAGGUAGCAGCAGGAAGCGGAAAGCUCCUGGAGACGGUCAGGGUGCCGGGAGCUCCGUGUUGCCCGGCCCGGUGAUGGCGGCGGUCCCGGUAGAGGGUCCGAGGCUGCCCAAGAGGCAGAGGCGGCCGGUGGCGCGGCGCUCGCUGGUGCACUACCUGAACGGGCGUGCGCUGGGCGCGCGGGGCCACGCAGGGCUCCCGGGCUUCGAGAGCGAGCUGCGGGGCUACGCCGUCCUCAGGCUGCCUGAGCUGCUGCGCGAACGCCAGCUGGCCCUGGGCCCCCUCAACAAGGUGUUCGCCUCGCAGUGGCUCAACGCCAGGCAGGUGGUGUGUGGCACCAAGUGCAACACGCUCUUCGUGGUGGACAUCCACUCUGGAAGGAUCACUCGCAUCCCUCUAAUGAGGGACAGGGUGCCUGGCCUGGCUCGCCCUCAGCCCACCUGCGGCAUCCAUGCGGUUGAGCUGAAUCCCUCCAAGACCCUUCUGGCCACAGGGGGCGAAAACCCCAACAGCCUGGCGGUCUACCAGCUGCCCACCAUGGAUCCAGUGUGCCUGGGUGAUUGUCAAGGCCACAGAGACUGGAUCUUUGCCAUAGCCUGGAUGAGUGACACCGUGGCCGUGAGUGGCUCCCGCGAUGGCACUGUGGCACUGUGGCGGGUGGACCCUGAUAUGUUUAAUGGCAGCAUUGCUUGGCACAAAGAUGCCGGGCUUCCAGUGUAUGCCCAUAUCCAUCCAAAGGACAUAGAGGCCAUUCCCAAGGCCACCACCAACCCUGGAAACCGCAAAGUGCGAGCCCUGGCAUUUAGCAACAAAAACCAGGAGCUGGGUGCAGUGUCCCUGGAUGGCUAUUUUCACCUGUGGAAGGCCCGCAACUCCCUGUCUAGGUUGCUGUCCUUAAGGCUGCCCUACUGCCGUGAGAACGUCUGCCUCACAUACUGUGAUGAUUUAUCCCUCUACGCAGUGGGCUCCCAGUCUCAUGUCUCCUUCCUGGAUGUGCGCCAAGGCCAGCAGAACAUCCCACCAUUAUGCUCCCGAGAGGGUGGCACAGGAGUGCGCUCUUUGAGUGUUCAUCAGCACAUUGUCACAGUGGGCACUGGCCAUGGUUCUCUGCUCUUCUAUGACAUCCGUGCCCAGAAGUUUCUAGAAGAGAGGACCUCCGCUACUCUGGACUCAUUUCCUGGGCCUACGGGGAGAAAGCUCAAGCUCACCUGUGGCAGCGGCUGGGUUGACCAGGAUGACCUCUUAGCGCACUACAUUGCUGGCUUCGAGGAGUUCCCCAAUGCACUGUACACCCACUGCUACAAUUGGCCUGAGAUGAAGCUCUUCGUAGGUGGGGGACCACUCACUGCAGGCCUGCACGGAAACUAUGCAGGCCUCUGGACCUAAGGAUGGCACAUUCAUGCUAAAAUAUGGAAUUGGCCCAACUUAGCCAGCCUGCUUCUUAGCAGGGAAAUGAAGAGAUGGAUCCUUGAUCAGUCAAAUUUGGCUUUAAGAAUUACUUGCACCUCUUCACCAUUCCAUUGACUUUGCAUACAGAUAAUUUUCAUGAUUCCUGUGUUCAGUCUUUGGUUGAUUUGUAUAGUUUUUCUCUGUAAGAAUAUCUAGUCAUGGUGUUACAAUUAUAUAAAUCUUGUUUGAUUUUUAGUAGUAUUAAAAGUACUGUCUUUUUAUUAUAUGUGUAGUAUAUUAAGAACAUUUUCUAAUAAAACAGGGUUGGAUAUCUGUUCUGGAGAGCUAACCAUAGAUCUGUAGCAUUAUUCCAGUUGGUUAUACACUCUAAAAUCUAGAUGGCCUACUUGUGGAACCAUGAUCAUACUGUAUAUAGUUUGUAUGUUGUUGGUGCUAAAAUGCACUUAAAAUAUUCUUGAAAAAAAGUCGUAAAAUCUUGUGUUUGUAUUGAAAUUGCAAUUAGUCAGUUUAUGUAUUAAGAUAGUCUGCUUAUUUUAAUGUUCAAAAUUAAUCCAAAAAUUAAUGUUUUUCAUAUGUUAUUUAAGUUCAUAUGAUGUGUCCUUAUAUAGAUAAAAGAAUGUACUUUAUUUCACUUCUUGCCUUAGUACUAUCAACACUUGUGAAUAUAUUUGAAUGAGUGUGGUCUGAGGAACUUAAACAGAGUGGUUUCAGUGCUAUUAUUCAAUGCAGGGAUAUUAAGUAAAAAUGUAGAAUGUAUGACAGAGUGGGCAGAAGAUAUACUGAUUGAAGGUAUAGACUGGAUAUUUUUGCUGUUACUAUUUUUAAUACCAAAUGUUAUAUUUGAGCAUAUUUAAAACUUUCCAAAUCUGCUUAUGAGUUAAGUUGUAAGAAAAAUAGUGCAAUGAAAAGAAAUAAUGAUAUUCACCUCAUUGUGAAAGAAGCUUUCCUAUUUGUAAAUUCCAAGUUAAUAAGAUUUUAUUUUGUGAAUUUCAUAGAUUUAUACCUUAAGUAGAAUAGAUAUGUUGUUAAAUAGCUAUGAUGCUAUUAUCCUCAAUGUAGUAAUAAGGAAUUAUAAAAAGUGCAGUUCAUUUUCUUGAGGAGAGGAGCUGGAAAUAAAACCAUAAACACACGUAUAGAACUUUGUAGUUCAGAAAAAUACAAGUAACAGAAUGCUAUCCAGACUUGCUGGAUGUCUCCCAACAGGGAAUUACUGAAAAUGAGGAAGGAGCCAGCUCUCCUUCCAAACUGGUCAGGUUAUAUUUACCUUAGGUUGGUAUUCCAUCCUAUCUCCUUGUCCUUAAGUGUUUGGCGAUUACAUUGCCUUGAUGUAUAUACACUACGUGCUAGUGUGGUUCAAUAUCAAACCUUAAGAAAUUAACAGAAGAAACUAAAAGUUAAAAGUGCAAAAUGUCAGAAUUUUUUGUUUAUGGAGAUUAUAAGUAUUAUGCAGGUGUGCUAAAUAACAUUUUACAAUUUCGUUAGAUAUCAGUAACUUUGUUUGCAUGUGCGUUUCAAAUUCUGUAAAUGAUUUGAGUGCAAAUUAUAGAAACUUUCAUCUUUUAUUCCCUCAUUUCUCUGUUAAGUCCUAGGAAUCAGUUAUUUACUGAUGUUUUGUUUUGUUUUACCAGU